AUGAAACUAAACAUUAUUAUUAGAUUCACCAACUCGCUUUCUGCAUCUGAUCAAGUUACAGAUUUAUCGAUCCCAUUGAGCAUAAACUAUGACGUGGAUGAUGUUAACAAGCUAGUAAACGUGGUUUGGUUAAAAACAACUAUUAGGAACAAAGUCCCACAGUGUGCUAACAAGCGUUUAAGGUUAAUAUACAAUGGAAGAGUGUUAAAUGAAAAGACUGAUUUCAAGAAAGAGGUGUUGAAACCACAAUUAAAUUUGGACCAGAUUUACAUUCAUUGUGUUAUUGGUGACGAGUUGACUAAGGAACAACUAGCACAGGAAAACCAACUAGAUAAUAGACCACAAGAGGUAUCAACUAAUCCAGAGGUCAUUGGAUUUGAUAGAUUGUUACAACAGGGGUUUUCUCAGGAUGAUAUAACUGAUUUGAGACGUCAAUUUCUUCUGAUAUAUGGCACUGAUAGUAACGCUUCAACCGGAGGAGACAUUGCAGAUGUUGAAGAGGAUGAACAUCGGCAAAACAGAUUACGUCAAUUGGAAGAAAGAUGGAUUGAAUCGACUUCUAACAAUGAAGCCGCAGCAAAUGAACAAACACCUUUGACGCAAGACGGAGAUCAAGCACAAGCAGCAACCACUCCUUCUCAACCCAUGGAUCUUAAUGAAUCAAGAGUGAACGAAGAUUUGCUACUUGGAUUUUGUGUUGGCGUUUUUCUAGGAAUUGUUGCAGUGGUGUUCUUACUUGCAGAUGAUUCAGUGUUCAACAAACGUCAAAAGAUGUCAAUAAUAGCUGGUCUAUUUAUAAAUUUUUCAUUAGCAAUCGUCAGAGGACAAUGGAUAUAG